UUUGUUUUUGUGUUUCCACCUUCGCUCGGACGCCAUGCACCUGCAAAGACCUGGCUGUCAAGACAAAGAGUGACAACCGUACUCUGUGUCAGACUUGUACUAAGCAUCUCUGUCCACUCAUUAACUGCUGCAGCAGCAGCAGCACUAACUAUGUGCGAAGACAGGCAUUCGGAAGGCUCUGCGGGUGACGGCGUCGCCUCGACACGCGCCUACCCUCCAAGUGCGAGUGGACGGAGCUCCAGACCACCUUCGCCAGAUGCUGUUGCUUCGGAGGCGGCCGGCCGGCGCAUUCCCCGAAGCCCUCUCGCGCCCCACGCAGAGAGCUUGAUAGACAUGGAAAUCCCACAAGCGGCACCGUCACCGCGGCCGGGCAGGAAAAGGGGCCUUGACGAGCUAUUUGGCGACAGCACGCCGCCGUCGCCUGAUAAGCUGCAGCGCGAGCUUGAUCGGCAGCAUCAGGAGGCCCUUGAGGCUCGCCGCUCCUCCUCCUCCUCCUCCUCCUCCUCUACCACCACCACACUUCUCCUCCCCCCUGGUGCUCACCCUGGUGUCCGGGUCCAGGACAGCAAGCGUCAGAAGAAACUUGUGUAUCGAUGCAAGCCCGCCGAACACGAUGCGACGCCGCACUCGACAGUCGGCCGCGGCAACGACGACGGUAACGGGUAUUCGUACGCGGCGGAACGACCAUCCGGCUCCCCUGCAGACUCUUCAAGACACCACGACGCGAAGGUCUCGCAUCGCCCGCCGCCAACCCAUCCCGUGAUACCACCCAUGCAGGAACAGGAAGAUUGACCGUCCGACGUCCACCGGCAACGCAGCAUCGCCCCUCUCUUUUCAGAGUCUAGCUAGCACCCAUCUCUGCACUAUCCUCUGGGCCUCUGGGGCUCCCAGCAUCUCGCGUGGUUCGAGUUCCCCUUUUCGGUCGGAUCCGAUGGCGGACGCCGCAAUUCCUUCCCAGCAACAUACCGGCAGAGUAGCAGUCAUUCAAGGAGCAGCCGUCCCUCUCGUUCGCUCCAGCAAGUCGUGAGACUCCUGACUCCCGACUCCCGGGCACACGACGAUGAAGCUGUCAGUUGGCGAGUAUUACAGCGUAGCCCACCCUGCUGCUCACGUUGCGGUUUAGCGGUCGGCAUCGCCACUACCUGAUGCCCCUCUCUCAUUUCCCUCCUCCCCAGCAAACAAGCGGCUAGACAUCUGACGACUCCCGGCUGCCAUGCGAGGCCCGUUUCGAAACAACCUUAACAGUCGACGCCUUUCCCAUUUGCGCCGUGGGACACCCUCAUGUGGCCCCUCCCUCUGGGUGGCAGACAGCCCAUUUCAGGAAGCUUUGCCCCAUCUCGCAUCCUACGCGACCUUUUCGCAGCCUAGCGCGCUGGAGAUGUUGGAACGCAGAGGUCCAAAAGCAGCGAUAAUGAUGAAGAUCCGCCGGCAGCGCCUCUCUUGUUUCAGGUCGACAUUCCUAUGGGCCACCAGUCUUUUCUUCUCUCGAAAUCCGUAUUUCCGUCUGCUUUUUUUCGUAUUGAUUCUUAUUUCCGAUCCCUCGAGACAUCCUCAGACAAACGAUAUGGUGCUGGCAGGCAAGCUUGGCGCCAGUCUGCAGUGGUUGUGAGGCCAGGCCCGAAAUAGUAAAUAGAUAAUUUCAAACCCCUGCCGCGUUUCCCCCCUUUGGACUGCACGCAUCCACCACACUCCCAAUGUGUCCAUCAGCGUUUCAACAUUGGGUUAUCGUCUCCGUUGCUCGGACGCAAGUCAACAUGGCGACGUCGUCGAUGUCGUUGCCGCUGUCGUCUUUUCCCUCGGUGCUUCACCCUUCUCACACGCAGCUAGAGAGGCGUUUUCCCACACUGUCGAUGCUUUGCAGAUUUAUAAGCAAUUGGAUGUCCCAUUAGUCUCGACCUUUACCAAUUCAAAAUUCUGUACAUAUUCGACGAAUCCCUACCACCACCACCACCACCACCACCACCACCACCACCCUCCACGCACUCAUAUUCAUGCAGACAGACCGAGGCGCCGUUCCUUGAGCAGGAUGGGCAGCUGCGUCUCGGAGAUUUUCCCCAACCGUAAUGAGCACCUCCCUUCCCCCCCUGCAAUCUUCAUCCCCAUUCCCAUCCGACCCCCCCCUUGGCUGGCGCACGCUGCACGCUGCACGCAUGCCACUAGAUCCGUUUUGUUUCGUUUCGUUUCCUUGUUCGGUUCCCAGUCCCUCCUUUCGGUGGGCUCCGGGGUAAUGAAGGAGACGCAAACGGUUGACCACAACGCCUGAGUACUGACAGACUGACAGAAGGAGAACUAGAAGAGUAACCCUUCUCCCUUCCACUUGGCCUGGGUGAAUAUGCCCCCCCCCCCCCCCCCCCCCCCCCCCCCUCUUUCCAUGUGCCCCUGAACCUCGUACCUUUCUUCUCUCCAUCUCAUGUCAUCUCAUGGAGUUCCGCUCCCCUCAUCUCAUCAUUCUGGCUUUGUUGGGAUUGUUGCCCACAUUACGUCGCGUCACAGAGGAAAGAUCUGCGGCCAGGAGAAACGGAGAUGCCCAUCAGCCGACGGUCAUACACAACGCCCAAAGACUUGCGGAACUGACAAGAAGAGGCGCCAGGACGUCUGCAAGCAGGCGGCGGGAAACACAGAACCGCUAGGCAGAGACAUAACGCCGGGCCAAUAACAAGGCAACAUCAACGAAUCACCCCGAACGUCCAAACAAGAACAAUCAAGUCCCGAGAAACCCUCCGGGACAGACACAGACAGAGGCAGACCCUUUGCGCUCCUCCCUCCUCCGCGGUCUAUUCUACAGUCCACUUGGGGGGAGCCACUCUCGCUUCUCGUCUACUAAAACCAUGGAUGCUUGUUGUAGCUCGCCGGCAACAAGACGGAGGGAGUCAUCCACGACGAGCGGCCCCGUCACCAAAAACCACCCAACGCUCGAGAGGCCGGCAGCACCAAUACCAGGCCCGGAUUAUACCUUCCAAUGCGGAUGCGACUAUCCGGACACUAAGGGCUCGGUCCCAAGGGCCACGCGAAAUGACACACACACACACACACCACCAGCCCACCAGGCCCGCCUCGCAUGCACCACUUACUUGUGCUGGACACGCGCGACACAACGCAGACAAAUGGGGUACUGCUGCUGUGCUUCUAGCUAGACGCAUGCAUCUGCAUCCGCCGGCCGCCCGGCUGGGCGCUUGAGUGGAUGGGCUCUGCAGAACCUUUUGCAGACUGACCGCAGAACGGACAUGCGAAUGGGGUCUGUGAGUGGUCGGUAAGGUAUGUUGAUUUGCUCUCUUAUGAACCAGGUGCUUGAAAUUAUCUACGGGCCUGCUCUUGUGCGGCCGCAAGGGGGGGACGGGGAAUAUCGUCGUCCCCAACUGGACCUUUCCUCCCUUAUACUCCAAGGUCUUAUACUCCAAGGCUUUUCCUUCACCUCUUCUUUAUCCUAUCCGUCUUUCUCUAUUCCCUCUAUCCCCUUCCCCCCCCGCUCUCUCGCGCCCUUUGGCAUUAUCCUCCCCCCCUUCUCUUAUUCGAUGGGGCAUGGACAAUCAUCUGACGCCAUCGACAUAGACGCAUGCUGCCAUGCUGCCUCACCCCUUCAGAGCAUGGAGCAUCCAUCCCCUCACCAACCCUCGCGGCCAUGUCGCCACCGACCACCGGGAUCACCUGCCGGGUUUGCGGGAGCGUUGUCUCGCCGCAUUGACCCUUCCCGACGGUCUCCGCAAUUCCCGGGGUCCCUGAGUGAUAAUGAUGGGUAAACCCUUUCCCAUCAAAAACUUGCGACCUCGCCCUACUCUCCACCAGGUCUUCUACCCCUUCUUCUUCUUCUUUGCUCUUAUUCAUCCAUCAACCAAGUAAGAGACGGCUUUGUUGUCUCUCUGGUUGUGGCCGUGGAGCGCACCGCGUUCAUUUGCCGAACCGUCCAUGUUCAGCGACUCGCCGCCGCCGCUGCCCAGAGGACGUCGCCGCCGUCAUUAUCAGCUUGGCUAGCACGCAACAACACCACUCACUACGCAAAGGUCUGGGCAGAGAGAAGAGAGAGGGCGCACUGAGACAACGAAGGCGAGAGGGACAGACUGCACACACACAUCCACACAAACAAACAAACAACAUGGGAGGAAGCCAGACGGUGUGACCAGCGAAGAAUCGCCCGGCGAAUUUCUCUGUUGAGAUACAAGAAAGCUGUCCGAGACCCCAGACGUCGACAAAACAUGCACGAUGACCGCCCCAUGCAUGGUUCCUCAUCUCUGCUCCGCCCGUUACCAAUCGCAGUCAGAAGACAACAGCAGCAUAGUUCUACGCUCUCUCUCUCUCUCUCCAAUAUCUUUCGCCGACGAAUGCAACAGUCCCCCCCAACGCAAGUCUGACAACCCAGGAACCCGAAGCUACGACAAACGCCUAAACAGAUGCCAAAAAAAUCACCCCCCACCCAACCGGCUCC